AACGUACGUCGUUAUAUACGGAGUAAUAGGUGUGAAGGCUGUAACCUGGAAAUUUAUAAUCGUUAUGGUGAAAUUUUGCUAUUUUGUUAUGCCAGAUGGAAGUGCAUAAAGUAACGUCAGAAAUUCAUACAGAAAAUGGCAAUUUUUCUGUAUCGUCGGAGGAAUUAGGCAAUGCCAUUUCAAAGUUUUACUUCAAAUACCCUCGAUGCUUGAUGAAAAACGAAAGAGAUGGACUUGAGUUUGACACCGAUGGAGAUCCUAUCAUUGAUCGGCAAACGCAGGGAGAACUAAUUAUAGAGCACAGUAUAUCGACUGCACUCGAACUUGUUGGCCUUCAAGUAUGGCGUGGUGCAUUUUUACUCGCUGAUUACAUUCUGCACAAUGGAAAACUAUUUGAAAAUCAAGUGGUCUUAGAGCUGGGGUCUGGUGUUGGCCUUACUAGCAUUAUAGCCGGGAUGUUUGCUAAUGAGGUUAUAUGUACCGAUGUGAAUGUAGGUGGGAUCCUUAAAUUAAUAGAAGGAAAUGCGGAUAAAAAUAGGGUUUAUAUUAAAUCACCUUUUCUGGUUACGGAAUUGAACUUUUUCAACCUGAACUGGCCGAAAUCUUUACAAGAAAAAUUUGACGCAGCUUCAAUCAUCUUAGCAGCCGAUGUGAUUUAUGAUGAUCAAAUAACGGAUGCGUUUGUAAGAACCGUGAUGAAGUUGUUGAACUCGCGUUUACCAAAGGCAAUUUACAUUGCCUUAGAGAAACGGUAUGUGUUUACCAUUUCAGAACUGGAUACUGUAGCGCCGAUGUACGAGGAGUUUUUAAGAUGUGUUCAACGAUACAAAACUAAUUGGAAGAUACAAUAUUUAGAUAUAAAUUUUCCACAGUAUUUCAAAUAUGACAGAGUGAAAGAUCUGAUACUGAUGAAAAUUGAAAACAACGUCGCUAGUAUAUGAAAAUCGUAUUAGACUAAAUUUAAAACGAUUAACAAUGCUAAUUAUAGUUAGGUCAAAUUUAUAACUACGCUGUAUCGUAAAUAAGAAAACUUAAGUAACAGUAUAACAAUAAAGAUCUUUUUUCUUUUGAA